UCAGACAGCAAGAGACAAAUCAUGGAUUCAGCAUUUGUGUCUGAAAAUGGCUAUCUUGAUUUGCUGCACAGUGAUAUCGAUCCAUUGCAUCUGUAUACUCUCCUUGAUCCUAAGUCAUCUGGAAAUGAAGAAGGUAACUUCUCUGCAGAUCCUGAAGUUGAUGCCAGCAACUAUGAUCAAUUCAAUAAUAUGGAUUUCCUGUGUACAAUUGAAAAUGGUGAAAAUGGGGAUGAAUUGUAUCUCUGUUCCAACACCAUAGAAGCUUAUGCUAGAAUAGCUGAAUUAGCAGAAUAUGUCCUCAAAGAUCAGCAGGAGAAGCAGGUGGAAGACACUUUUGCAGGGAACCUUAUUUUGGAUGAAAUGGCUGCUGAAAACACUGAGAAAUUUACUGACAUAAAAAUGCAGAAAUGUCACAAACGAACCUUCUUAGGCUCUGCAGAGAGUUGCUCUGAUGCUUCAGAACCCAAAUACAAGAAAAUUGUGGAAGUCCCUGCAGUGUCUGCAGGGAAUGGCAGUUUCUUAGCUAUGCCUCUCAACAGCCAUCCGGCUAGCUCCACCUCACUAACAAACCAGCACAUAUCCUUUUCUGUUCCUGCUACCAACGCAUUGGAAAGAAGUUUUGUAAUUCCUGGAUCUUCAGCACCUUUGAUUCCAGAGUGUCUACCUGUCAGUGUGAAAGGGAGCCAAGAGAAUACAGGCUUUGCAGAUCCUCCUCAGCAGAUACUUAACUUUGUUCUUGGAAAUGGCACAUCUGAUGUUAUAAUAUAUCCAGUGCUGACUUCUGCCACGAAAACAUUGAUAGCCCCAAGUUUUCCCGUUAGUUUAUGUGGUUUAGAAAUGUUCAAAGAAGUCCAAGUUCCCAUAAUUCCGCCUGAAGAACCUUUCAAAAGACCAAAGCCAGUGGAAGCUUUCUGUACAUCACUUAUGGAUUAUUUCCGAGACGUGUGCAAAUCCGUGGCCAUGGAGCGUGAAGUAACUCUUGAUCACCUGUUUAUUGAUGGGACAUUUGUUCAAAGCCAAACUGAAACCAAGACUGGGAAAAAUAACGUAAAAGCAAUGGAAAAGGAGCUGGUAACUUGCAGUCUGCAAGGGAAGGAAAAUGCAGCCCUUAAAAUAAGCCAAAUAUUUCAAAUCCUGGGAGGUAAAGACUUAGAGACUAAAGUGAUUGUGGUGCUGGGAAAAGCAGGAAUGGGCAAAAGCAUUCUUGUUCAGAAGAUCUGCCAGGACUGGUCCAAUGGAGAGUUUUCUCAAUUUGAAUUUGUAUUUUGGUUUGACUGCAAACAAAUAAGCUUGCCUGAGAAGCGAUACAGCUUGAAGGAUCUGCUUCUUGAAUUUUUUGUAAAACCUCAAGAGGGAAGCAAAGAGAUCUUUGAGUACAUAUUGCAAAAUCCUGCUAAAGUCCUUCUGGUUUUUGAUGGGUUUGAAGGGUUGCAUGAUCAUGAGAAUUUUCCUCGUUGCUCAGCCAGCCAGCCUGAAAAAGACUUGUGCAGUAUAAAGGAGCUGCUUUCAGGACUCAUCCAAAAAAAGAUACUCAAUGGUUGUACUUUAUUACUUACAGCAAGACCAAAAGACAAGGUGUACCAGUAUGUAUCCAAAGUGGAUAAGACUAUUGAAAUAGUAGGAUUUUCCCCUCAGCAGAGAGAAUUGUACAUAACCAAAUACUUCAAAGGAUUACCCUACUGUGCUAAUGCACUGAAAUUAAUCAAAGACUCUGAGUACUUGUUCAGUCAUUGUUACAGCCCUGUUAUGUGUAGAUUUAUUUGCUUUCUCUGUGAGAAGGUACUUGAAAUAGGAGACAAAAGCCUUCCUUCAACUCUUACUACAGUCUUCCUGAAAUUUGUUCAGCAAAAGAUAAUACCUAUGCAAACAGAUGUUACAGCCAUGCAAAAUCAAGAGAGUCUUGCUAUGCUAGCCCGUAUAGCCUGGUAUCUUGGAGAAAAGCACCAAAGUGCAAUGAAAAGUGAUCUUCCUUCUAAGGAAGUUAAAGAGUUUGCUCUGAAAUAUGGAUUUUUCCUGCCAUUUGCAUUCCCCAGACAUUCAGGUAGUGAAGAAGAGGAAUUUGGGAGCACAUUCUCUGAUUUUGUCAUUCAGAAUUUCUUGGGUGCGCUUCACCUUAUGUUAGCAGAAGAGAUCAAGGAUAAAAGUCUAACAAAGUACCUGUCUUUUCCAUCCAAGAAGAAAAAACCUUAUAACUGGUUAGAUUUAGUGCCUCGAUUUUUGGCUGGCUUGUUGUUCCUCCAGGAUGACCCCUACUUCUGUUCCCUUUCAAAUAAGGAUGUAAAACAAUCAACCAAGAAGCAGAAAACACUCUUGAAAUAUAUUAGAAGGCUGCAGAUAAAUGAGCUCUGUCCAGAGAGGUUACUUGAGCUUUUACAUUGUAUUUAUGAAACGCAAAGCAAUUAUCUUUUGCAGCAUGUGGCUUUAAGGCUCAAGCCAGACCUGUCUUUUCUGGGCGUACUUCUUACACCACCUGAUGUCCAUGUGCUGCACUCUAUUUUAAAAAGGUCAAGAAAAGAGUUUUCUUUGGAUUUGCGAAACACCAGCAUUGACAUGCAAGGGCUGAAGGACUUGGUUGGCCUAAAGAAUGUGGCAUCGUUCAGGGCCUCCCUCAGUGAUACAGUCAGGCUCUGGAAAUCUUUAGAACAGACAAAAGACUGCGAACUGCUGAGAGCAUCAACAGAGAAAUUUGUUCUUGAUCCCUUUAAGGCAAAGACAAUGAAGGACGUCAGUGACCUUUCAGAUCUUGUAGAGAUGCAGGAGAAGAUGAUCAAUUGUGUGCAAGAUGCAUCUGGUUGCAGCACCUAUGAAAUUCCUGCCAUCAAAAACCUCAGAAAACUGGAAUUUGCGCUGGGUCCAGUAUGUGGCCUUCAGGGAUUCUUAAAACUCGUGGAAAUUCUUGCAGCAUUUCCAUCACUUCAGCAUUUAGACCUUGACGCUCUGAGUGAAAAUGGCAUAGGAGAUGAAGGAGCAAAGAGUCUAUCUGAAGUCUUUCCAACCCUGACUUCACUGGAAACAUUAAACUUAUCACAGAAUAAGAUAACAGAUGUGGGUGCAGAGAAACUAGCUACAGCUCUUCCUUCACUGUCUUCAUUAAAGACACUAAGCUUAUACAAUAAUAGCAUUUGUGAUUUUGGAGCAGAAAAUCUUGCGAAAGUUCUUCCAGCGAUGGCAUCUUUAAGAGUGCUAGAAGUUCAGUAUAACAAAAUAACUGGCGUUGGAGCCCAGCAGCUGACUGACAGCUUACGAAAAUGUCCCCAUAUAAAGAACUUGGUCAUGUGGAAUCCCACCAUUCCCUAUGGAGUUCUCGAACACCUUCAGCAGCUGGACUCUAGGAUCAGUGUGUAG